AUGCAGGCCUGCCCAGAAUACAGCGGUGUUAGUGCCUGUCUGCAAGCAGAAGCUCCCUUCACCGUCUUCCUGGACCCCAGGUGCUUGUACGCCCCAGGCAAGGCUGACGACACCUACGAGAACCUCCGGCUGGUGCGGGGCCGGCCGGGCACGGGGCCCAGCAGCGCAGAGCAGGGGCAGAAGCUACAGCAGGCAUCCCACGACCACGCGGCCAAGCACGAUGAGCUGUGGCAGCAGGUGGGCACCCAGGAGCAGCGGCUGGGGCAGGCGGGUGAGGCGCUGGUGCAGGCGCAGGAGGAGCUGGCACGGACCCGAGCGGAGCUGGUGCAGGCACGGCAGGGGGGGGACCGCGUUCGUAGCUGGGACACGGAGCUGCAGGAGAGCAGGGCAGUGCUGGAGCACAUGCAGGAGCAGGCCCAGGACCUGCAGCAGCAGCUGAAUGGGACCAUGAGAGCCCUGGCCAGCACAAGGCCCUGCCACGUCACAGACUGCUGCCCGGAGACCUGGGUGCUGCACCGCGGGAAGUGCCUGCUCCUCUCCAAGGAGAAGAAGACCUGGAAGGACAGCAAAAAGUGGUGUGAACAGGAAUCCUCCUGGCUCCUCAUCCUCUGGGACUGGGACAAGAUGAAGAUGCCGAGCUUCCUCACCACCACAGACGCCUUAUACUGGAUCGGGCUCUGGAGAGACUGGAAAAAGAUGCGCCGGUGCACUUGGAUUGAUGGGACUGAAUACUCAGAUGGUGGGACAGUUAUAACCUAUGCUUCUUAUGGAGCAAUGAAAGGGGGCAGCAUAAUGAGUGAACUAGCCUGGAUGAAGGAUGAACUCCCCUGGAUCUGUGAGAAGAAGGCUGGCCGUCCACGGGGAGCCACAGAGAGCAACUCUGGGGUAUGAAGACCGGAGGCUCUAGAGGAACCUUACGUCGCCCUUCUCCUGUCCUCCGGGCCCCACCUGCGUGCCCUGACUCCAUCGUUGUCAUUGCCAAGGCCCCAAGGUCCCCCCGUCCAGCCCUUCGGUGCAGUUCCUGAGGCCCCGCUGACCCGAGCUCACGCAGACCCGUCAGACACUGCCUAGGAAGGGGCUUGCUGGGGUUGAUCUCUCAUUGUGGAUCAAGUCCGUGACUGGGAGAGACGACAGAGCAAUGUUUGGGUUCAAAGGGCCUUUCCCGUGGGCUGGAGCUGUCUCAGCGGCAGCCUCAUCUCAAUUCUGAAGAUAACAGGGACCAGAUAAAAUACCAGCUCUGUGUCAUGUAACACGUGUCCUGCUUCCUCACGGCGAUGACAUGCAUGUUCCUCAUGCUCAGGUGGGUGCCAGCACUGUGCCCCAGCCCACUUGACUGCAUGGCUCCUUGUCUUCCUCAUGAUUCCUGCUAAUCUCUCUUCACUCUGCCAGUGCUAACAAAGCUCUCUCCUUUCUAAUGGUCUGGAUGUCCAAUCAGUCUAGCUGUCCUUUGUCCUGCCAUGCUGCUAUCUGCUGACUGCUCCUAGGCCUGUGGCUCCUAUUUCACAGCCCUGAAGACUGUUUUUGACUCAUUCCAAGGACGUGCUAUUUGUUUUGGCCGCACUCUUACUCUGAAUAAUA